AUGAGCUACAUGCCCAAGGAUGAGGUGGACGGCGGGCCGCCGUGCGCGCCGGGGGGCGCCGCCAAGACGCGGAGGCCGGACAACACGGCCUUCAAGCAGCAGCGCCUGCCGGCCUGGCAGCCCAUCCUGACGGCCGGCACGGUGCUGCCCACCUUCUUCAUCAUCGGCCUCAUCUUCAUCCCCAUCGGCAUCGGCAUCUUCGUCACCUCCAACAACAUCCGCGAGAUCGAGAUUGAUUAUACAGGAGUAGACCCUUCCAGUCCCUGCAAUAAAUGUUUGUCCCGGAACGUGACACCUUGUAUUUGUACAAUUAACUUCACACUGGAACAGUCAUUUGAGGGCAAUGUGUUUAUGUAUUAUGGACUGUCUAAUUUCUAUCAAAACCACCGUCGUUAUGUGAAAUCUCGAGAUGAUAGUCAACUAAAUGGAGACCCUACUGCUUUACUUAAUCCCAGUAAGGAAUGUGAACCUUAUCGAAGAAAUGAAGACAAACCAAUUGCUCCUUGUGGAGCUAUUGCCAACAGCAUGUUUAAUGAUACAUUAGAAUUGUUUCUGGUUGUCAAUGGAUCUUAUUCAGCGGCAAUUCCUUUGAAAAAGAAAGGAAUUGCCUGGUGGACAGAUAAAAAUGUGAAAUUUAGAAACCCCCCCGGAGAAGGCACCCUAGAAGAACGAUUCAAAGAUACAACAAAGCCAGUAAACUGGGUUAAACCAGUAUACUUGCUGGAUUCUGACGAAGAUAAUAAUGGGUUCAUAAAUGAAGAUUUUAUUGUUUGGAUGCGUACUGCAGCAUUGCCUACUUUUCGUAAGUUAUAUCGUCUUAUAGAGAGGAAAAGUAAUUUACAUCCAACGUUACCAGCUGGAGACUACUUUUUGAAUAUCACAUACAAUUACCCUGUACAUUCUUUUGAUGGACGAAAACGGAUGAUCUUAAGCACUAUUUCAUGGAUGGGAGGAAAAAAUCCAUUUUUGGGGAUUGCUUAUAUCACCACUGGAUCCAUCUCCUUCCUUCUGGGAGUUGUAUUGCUAGUAAUUAAUCAUAAAUAUAGAAACAGUAGUAAUACUGCUGACAUUACCAUUUAA